GUUUUUCAUACCAUAUUUGAUUACCAGAACCCUAGAGCAUUAGAAUCGCUUAUUGAUAUCGCUUCUCAUUACGCGAUUUAUAGAGCCCGUUUCUCCUUGCUGAUACCGUCUUCUCUUUCCUGGUCAAAUUCACACCGCUCGCAGAGAGAAAAUCAAGCGAACAAGAAACAAUGAAGAAUGCGGAGGUCUACAGAUUAAGAUCGAGAACAAUAUACGGAUCUGAAAGCAGACCUUCCAAAACAAAAAGGCGUGGUAGAUCUGGUCAGAGGAUGAAAGAUGCAGGGCCUAAGAGGCAACCUGUCAAGCACCAUGGAGGUCUUGGUCCGCCGCCACUUCAGUGGACUAAAAAGCAACUAGAAACCAUGGAUGCGACGUGCCAGAGGAUUGCUGAGAUUGGACUUGAAUACUACAAUACCAACAAAGCUCCCUAUGCUGGGGAUGGUGCUACCUAUGAGCUGGUGGAAACAAGGGAUUGCACCUCAUUCAUCAAACGCAUGACAUCAAUUGUUAAGGCUCAUUCCAACUUUACUGCCAAGCCCGUCCACUCAAAUGGACCCACAAUGCUCUUCUUUACUGAACUCUCAUGUCCAGUUUCAUCCAAGAAACCUUUUGUAGCAACUAACACUACUGUUCACAGCUGCUGCUUGCUUGGCUGUGAUGGGGAAGUUAAUACAGGUUCUCAUGGUUGCCUUUCCUGUGAUCGGUCAAGUCUUCAUCACCCUCUUGAUGAAGACUUUGAUGUUGGGCAUCGGAUUCAUCGCCUAUCAUAAGCCCCAUUGUUAAUUAGUGUACGCUGUGGGCUGCUGCUAUUACUCAGUAACCACCUUUCACCUUAGCUAUGCCACUUCUCAGUAAUCAUCAUGUACUCAAAUUAUUUAGAAACCGUUCUGUAUGCACUCGUGACCUAUUUGGUGUGUAUUGAUGCCUCUAUCUACUAUGCUGAAUGCAGAAUGUUCCUGUCACUCCGUAUUUGUUGUUCUGCUUUAACUAUUGUAUUUAUGCUUCUUAUCUUUUUAUUGCUACUUGAUUAUACACUUCCAAUGAAUGGAG